ACGAGCCGACCAGAUCUCCUACUGUGCGGUCGGUCCACCCCCACUGCCGUGCAGCGCCCGCGCCGACGCGCAUCGCCGUCCGGCCGGGCGCCGGUCGUUUUAAGAUACAACCCGCACGAUUCGUCGCCAAAACUUGAUGAGUUGAGCCCAAAGAGAGAGCACCUACCGCUACCGGAGCCAACUCCUCGUCUCCCGGCCAAGUCCACUUCUCCUCUUCAUCGCCACGCGCUCCCUCGCCGACACACGCGCAGGCGUAGCGCCAGAUUCCCCCAAUCCCCUAUCCUCCUCGAGAUUCCCGGCCGCGAGGCGGGCGAGCCAGCGAGCGAGCUUUGCUCCCCGCGAGAUCCCGCAAUGGAGGUGAGAACAGUAAAAGUUGGCAAUAUAUCGUUGAGUGCCUUGAAAAGAGAAAUCACAGAGUUCUUUUCUUUCUCUGGGGAUAUAGAAUAUGUUGAAAUGCAAAGUGAAUCUGAAUGGUCACAACUUGCUUACGUCACAUUUAAGGAUUCACAAGGAGCAGACACUGCAGUGCUUCUGUCGGGAGCAACAAUUGUUGACCGUUCUGUAAUCAUAACUCCAGUCGAGAACUAUCAGUUGCCUCCUGAAGCUUGCAAACAAUUAUCGGGAGAAAAAUCUCUCUCUACUGAAUCUGCAGUCAGGAAGGCAGAAGAUGUCGUGAGCAGCAUGAUAGCCAAGGGUUUUGUCCUCAGCAAGGAUGCUCUCAACCUGGCAAGAUCUUUUGAUGAGCGUCACAACAUCCUCUCCAAUGCUACGGCCACUGUUGCAUCUCUAGACCGGCAGUAUGGCCUGAGCGAAAAGAUCACCCUGGGCCGGGCUGUUGUUGGCAGCAAGUGCAAAGAAGUGGAUGAGCGUUAUCAGGUUUCAGAACUCACGAAGUCUGCUCUGGCUGUUGCUGAGCAGAAAGCCAGCAUUGCAGGCUCUGCUAUCAUGGGUAAUCAAUAUGUCUCAGCUGGUGCUUCCUGGCUAACUAGUGCAUUUGGCAUGGUAACCAAGGCAGCAGGUGACAUGAGCACAAUGACCAAAGACAAGGUAGACAGGGCUGAAGAGGAGAGGAAAGAAAUCAUGUGGGAAGAGAGGAAUGGCCUGGUGAGUGAGUAUGCAAAGAUACAUCUUGAUGAACACUCUUCAUGGGAGCCCGCAGUUCUUCCUUUGGAAUCGGUCGAUGAGCAGAAGCUCCAAGCUGUCUGAUCCAGCAAAUGGAGUAUGGCCGCUUCGUCCUAUGUGCGUCAUUUGUUAAUUCUUUACUCAUCCAAUAUAUAGAAGAUCGUGUUUAGCCCCUGUGCUGGGGCAAAACAAGGUGUUUAUGGCCAAUAGUAAUGUAAAUUUUAGAGUGCUGUCCUUGCUUUCGUGUCAGCUUUGUUAUACUAGAACACUGAAAGGUUUUCUUGUUUUCUGCUAUCCUAUCAUAGAAUGUGACUUUACUCGUUGGAUAUACUUUCUGAGAGAUGAAUUGUGGCAAUUGAAGUUGCUUUUUCAUUAA